UGUAGGUUUUCGACUUUAUGAAAAAUUUAAUGUCACACAACGUCCUUUAAUCAGAGAUACCAUGAGGAUUUUAGCUAGACUCCUAUUGGAAAUGCGUCUUUUGAGGGAAGGAAAAUUUUUGACGUUCACCGACUGCAUAGAUCCGUCAAAUUUUGAUUAUUUGGUGGCUGCAGCUAAAAAUUUAUGUGGUUGCUCUUCACGAAUUGAGGACAGAGACGCGUAUCAGAAGCCUAGUCUUGUCUUAAAAGUUGGACCCUCCUUGCAGAAAGCAGCCUGUAUCAUCCAAGGUACCUACUUGCGUAUGUUCGGCGAAGAACCAGAAAUUGCGGAUAUAAUGAACAAAAAAGUGAAAGCUUUUCUGACAUUAAUGAAAACUGAAUGGACUGUGCGGGUUUCAUCGACAGCUCACGCAAAUGUGUUUGAACGCAAGUUCAACAAAGCCGAAUUACUACCGCUCACGAGCGACAUCAUGAACUUGCGAGGUCAUCUUGACAAGACGAUUAAAGAGUCGAGAGUGCGUCUGACGUCGAAUCCUACGUACGAAAAUUACAGAAAAUUAGCCGUCUACCUUUUAACAUCCACUAUACUGUUCAAUAGACGUAGAUCAGGUGAAGCGAGUAAGAUGAAAAUUGAACAGUAUAAGAAUCGAGUAGGAUCUGACAAGCAAACGACAGAGGAACUGAAGCAAUCCUUCUCGCCGUUGGAAAUAGUUUUGUGCAAAAGGAUGUGUGUGGUGGACAUUCACGGGAAAAAAGGAAGCAAGGUGCCGACGAUUUUGAACGAGACCAUGCAAGAAGCAAUCGAUGAAUUGAUCAAUGUGAGAGAGACAGUCGGCAUAAACGAAGGAAAUCCCUACGUGUUCGCAACUAUUGGGCGUUUCUACCCUCUGAGCGCUCACCUCAAAGGCUGCGAUUGUGUUAACUUCUGCGUGGAAGCUUGUGAUCCGAAGCUUACAUCUCCUCGUAACGUCACAGGGACUAAGUUACGGAAACAUGUAGCGACCGUGUGUCAGAUAUUUGACCUCUCAGAAAGCGAAUUAGAUUGGGUGGCCAAGCACAUGGGCCAUGACAUUCGCGUGCAUCGUCAAUACUAUAGACUCCACGAAUCUGCCAGAGAACUAACAAAAGUUAGUAGACUGCUGCUAGCAGUUGAAAACGGCAUGGCAACACAAUUUAUUGGAAAGAAAUUAGACGAAAUAGACCUGCAAGAUCUUCCUCUUCUGAGUGAAGAGACGGCUGAAGGUGACGAUCAUGAUCUUGCUGAACCUGAAGUUGAAGAGGAAAAUAACGAGGGAAACAAUUCAGGUUUAGGGGCAAACCAAGAGGAUAUUUCUACCGUUGUAGGCGAAUCUGGUGCUGUGGACGAACACAAAGUUUCUUGCAGCGGCAGUAAUUACUCGGACGAAGAGAGUGACAAAGAAGCACUGAGCCGAGCCAAAAAAAAUCAGCCCAAUACAAGGAAUUCCCGCAGAGGAAAGAAGACACAUAAGUCUAAGAAUUUAUCCGUUGAGAAAAGAAAAGGCAAGGAUAAACAACCGGUAGCGAAUUUGACGGAUGAAUCAUCUGAUGAAGAACCUGCAGCAAAUGAAAAAAGAGGUACCAAGAGGCAGUAUCAACAAAAACACGUUCGCUGGACGGAGGAAGAGAAAAUGCUGUUAUUCUCUUUCUUCAAAAGAGAGCUCCGCAGGGGAGAUCUACUGAAAAAAGCAAGGAUAGAUGAGUUUAUCGAGACGCAUCCACAAAUGUCCAAGCGACCGUGGAAAAAUAUCAAAUUUUACUAUAAAUUCCAGCUGAUGAAAAUCAAAAAGAUUGCGGCAGAAUCCAAGAUCGCUACGGCCAGUAUUAAAGAUUACGCCUCUUUUGCAAAAAUGCAUAAAUUGUGAAUUGUCUCUCAUAAAAUUAUUAAAAAUUCGGUUUUUAAA